GGGACACGUGACCUUGGCGCGCGCGGUCCCGCCCGUCCUGGGCAGACGGGAACGCGCGGCGCGGUACCAGCGGGAGCGCGGACAUGGCGGCGGCGAUUUGUAGCCGAGCUUUUGGCUUGUUGCACGGAGCCGGACGGCAGCUGUUGUCAUGGAUUCCAGGAGGGAAUGUGGGACCUGUUCGAAAUUACUACGUGGACUGGCGAAUGCUGCGGGAUGUGAAAAGGAGGAAAAUGGCCUUUGAGUACGCGGACGAGAGGCGGCGACUUAACGCAAUACGGAAAAAUACCAUCUUGCCGAAGGAGCUGCAGGAAGUUGCCGACCAGGAGAUCGCUAACCUGCCGAGAGACAGUUGCCCGGUUCGGAUCCGCAAUCGCUGUGUUCUCACCUCUCGGCCGCGGGGUGUCAAACGCAGGUGGCGUCUCAGCCGGAUUGUGUUCCGCCACCUUGCCGACCACAACCAGAUGUCUGGGAUCCAGCGUGCCAUGUGGUAGCACCACUCCUGUUUGUGGGAGGGUGGGUUUUGGCUCAAACAACUCCCACUAUGGGACUAGUAUGAAGAGCAUUUGUAACAAUUACUGGAUCACAUAACUUCCUUUCCCGAGAUGGGUGGGGCAGGGGCUGGGUGGUGUUGGUAAUGCAUUACUCCUACAUUACUGCAGUAACUACACUUCAGAAGUGUUUUAUUGACUGUAGAAUGCUUUGAGAUAUUCUAAAGUUGUGAAAGAGACUAUAUAAAUGCAAGAUUUGCUGGAAUGAGGGAGAUGCUUACCCCUCUGUUAUUCGGCCUAACCUCCCUUCUCCUGAGAAAUUGACCAGGGUGCAGUUCCAUGGGCAUGGGCAGUACCACCUUACCUAAGUGGUUGAUCUCUGUUUGAGCCUGGGCAGUGAGUACUGGCAAAGGGAGCUAGCACCAGGCACGGUGUGAUGGACCGACUAGCCUCCUGUGUGAAACAACAGCAUUGGGAAGCAAUUUCACUGAGGGACUUCACAGUUGUGCCUGUACCCGAGCCAGUUGUCCUGAUGCUUCACUCCAGUUGUGCCCAUGCUGCAAACGAACACUUGUAACCGAAUUAAAAACAGGAAAUUCUGGGAAUAUCCUGCUGCUGACUAUUUCCAGCAUUUUCUCAUUUUAUUUCAGAUUUCCACAACUGAAUGUUUGGUGAAAGUUUCUUUUAUUUUUAAUUUCCUCAUUUUCGAAGAAGACCUGCUCUUUAAAGAGGCACCAGAAGUCUAUUCUUGCUAGAAUAAGAUGUGUUUUAAGUUUAUCAAUAUUUAUGAUGGACGGCAGUAAUGAGUUUAUAAGGAGCUGUAUUAUUCAAAUGACCUAAGGGUAAUUUGCAGUCUGCUGUAUAGCAUCCAACAUUAAAAUCUACAAAACUGAGUUAAAGGGACAUUAUUUGCAUGGCAACCUAUUUGUUGGGGUUGGGGAGUGAUGAGCAGUAAGUCUGUUUUUGUUAACCACGACAUCAUGUGCAUUUGAUUCAAUAUAUUUGAGUGUAGUCCACAUCAUGUUUGGUAAAUAAUAUUUUGUUUGUACAAGAGCACUUCCAGCCUUAAUCAAAAUCAAUGUGAUGUCACUUCAGCUGUGUCCCUUGAAUAUCCUGGGGUGGUGUGUGGGGUGCACUAUACUCAGCCAUGUCUCUCGGCUGCACAGUAAAACUUAUGGCAGGGAUAGUUGCCACAUUUAAAUUGCAAAUAUUUGCUCUUUGCAUUUGUACAAAGGUUAGUUUUCUGUAAUGCUCUGAAGAACACAUGGUAAUGAUGUGACUUUUAAACUACUUGUCUCACUUGAACUCAAUAAAGCUCAUUCCAAGGA